UUCAACAUUCUUCUUUUUCCCUCUCUUUCCUUUUCCUCUUUACUCCAUAUAUCGCGAUUUACUUCCUAGUCACUGAUAAUGUUUCGAACAAUCCCCCGUCGAAUCCCUCGACGCCUGCCGAUUCCCUUGUCAACAUCACGUCUCGCCCUUCGUACCAUCACUUGCGGUUAUCCGCGGAUGUCGGCGCCACCACUACCCGCCGUUGAACCGCCCGUGUCGACCGCAUUGCCAUGCGAUUCCUAUCAAUUGCUGUCGACGGCUGACAAAACCGGAGUAAAUGAGGAUGCUUUGUACGAGCAACAAAUCAAAGAUGUGGAAGCGUGGUGGAAUUCUCCCCGUUAUGAGGGCAUUAAGCGGCCCUAUUCGGCCGCGGACGUCGUCAGCAAAAGAGGCUCCCUGCAACAAACUUACCCUAGCUCUUUGAUGGCGCGGAAGCUUUUCAACUUGCUGAAUGAGAGGGCAGCUGAAGGAAAACCAGUCCAUACCAUGGGCGCCAUUGACCCGGUACAAAUGACGCAGCAAGCUCCGAACCAAGAAGUUUUGUAUAUCUCUGGUUGGGCAUGCUCUUCUCUUUUAACGACCACCAAUGAGGUAUCGCCAGAUAUGGGCGACUACCCGUACAAUACGGUUCCGAACCAAGUCCAGAGAUUGUUCAAGGCUCAGCAAUUACAUGAUCGCAAACAUUGGGACGCCAGGCGGAAAAUGACCCCAGAGGAACGGAACUCUACCCCAUACGUGGAUUUCCUGCGACCUAUCAUCGCAGACGGUGACACUGGACACGGAGGACUCUCUGCGGUCCUAAAGCUUGCCAAGCUCUUCGCUGAGAAUGGUGCUGCUGCGGUCCACUUCGAGGACCAGCUCCAUGGUGGAAAGAAGUGCGGUCACCUCGCUGGCAAAGUCAUUGUGCCCGUGGGAGAGCAUAUCAACAGGCUUGUUGCGGCUCGUUUCCAAUGGGAUCUGAUGGGUGCUGAGAACCUGCUCAUCGCCCGUACUGAUUCGGAGAGUGGCAAAUUACUCAGCAGUGCUAUUGAUGUGCGCGACCACGAGUUCAUCUUGGGUGUCACAGAUGAUGUGGAGCCUCUGGCGGAAACCUUGCAAGCAAUGGAGAGGGAAGGCGCUGCCCCUGCAGAAAUUGACGCCUAUGAACUGGAUUGGGUGAAGAGCCACAAGCUCGUCACAUUUGAUGAGGCUGUCAACGCACACCUCGAGGCAGAGGGAGCCCCCCAAUCCGUCAAGGAUGCCUACAACAAGCGAGUCCAGGAGAACCCAGACCUCUCAAUCACACGCCGAAGAGCCCUCGCAAGUGAUUACACCAAGACACCAGUUGUCUGGUCUUGUGACAUCCCCCGGACCCGGGAAGGUUACUACCAUUAUAAGGCUGGCUUCGCAGCAGCCACCAAGCGAGCCAAGGAAUUUGCACCCUACGCAGACCUACUGUGGGUUGAAACGGGAAGUCCAAAUGUUGAGAAGGCCGCCAAGCUGGCAGGAGAUGUGCGGAGCGCCUUUCCCGGCAAGAAACUAGUCUACAACCUGAGCCCUUCAUUCAACUGGAUGGGACAGGGUUUCACUGAGGAAACCCUCAAAUCAUUUAUUUGGGACCUUGCCCCCCACGGAUUCGUAUUGCAAUUGAUCUCCCUUGCCGGCUUACACACCAACGCCACCGUGACAACAGAGCUUUCCCGUGCAUUCAAGGACGAAGGAAUGCUCGCUUACGUGCGCCAAAUCCAGGCACGGGAGAAAGAACUUGGAGUUGAGGUCCUGACCCACCAGAAAUGGAGCGGUGCGCCGUACAUAGAUGGUAUUCUGGGCGCUAUCCAGAGUGGCAGCAGCAGCAACAAAAGUAUGGGAGAUGGAAACACAGAAAAAGGUUUCUAAGCAGGAAAUGGAUACGGACUUGGGGCCAAACAAGAGUCAAUAUCUCGACCCUAUAUUCGUGUUUCGUACGUACCCCAGUAUACCUUGAUAUUACGUAUUAUAGUCAUGCAUUGAAUGUAAAACCGUAGAUCUCUAUUUAUGACAGUAUGUUUUAUUUUCACCACCUUACAGCCAACAUAACAUUAUGUAUCUUCUCACAUCUCGUGAUCACGCAAAUUACAUACUUAGCUAUACCACUCAACUAUAGCAUAAAGCUAAAUCCUCA